GAGAUUUUGUGUUGUUUUUUUUUUUGUAUUUUAUUUGAUGUGUAUCUUGUGGUCUCUCUGUACGUGUCCAAUAUAUUAUUAUAUUAUUAUUGCUCAUCCGUCAUCUGUCUAAAUACAUUUCACAUUUUGAUACGUUUUUUCCCAAUUAUUGAAAUCUCUAUUUUUAUAUAUUGUAUUAUAAUAAAAUUGAUUUCUGGUUCACCCAAAAUUUUUUUUUUGUUUGUUUGAUCACAAACGACCAGCAAUUAAUAAAAAGACGCACACAUCCAUACAUUCCAACAUUCGAAUACUCGACGUUGGUGUGUGGUUGCUGUGGUAUUAAAAACCAUAUUGACCACAACAACGAUAAUGGACACUGCCAAACGUUGUGCCGAAGAUUUUGUUUUUCACAGAAUCAUCGGUGAAGGAUCAUUCUCAGUUGUGUAUCUAGCCCGUGAUGUUCAUACAAAAUGUCUAUGUGCUGUGAAAGUAUGUGAAAAAUCACAUAUUCAUCGUGAAAAGAUGCACAAAGCAAUUCUUCGGGAGAAACAAAUUAUGAAAUAUUUGACCGAAAAACAAUCGAAAUUUAUCAUAAAAUUAUUGUCUACAUUUCAAGAUGAUACCCGAUUAUUUUUUGUCCUAAAUUAUUGUGUUAAUGGUGAACUAUUAUCCUUUAUAAAUCAACGUGAAAUAUUCGAUCAUAAGGCCACAUUAUUCUAUGCUGCCGAAAUUCUUUUAGCUCUUGAACAUCUUCAUCGAUAUGAUAUUGUUCAUCGUGACCUAAAACCGGAAAAUAUAUUAUUGAAUGAAAAAAUGCACAUACAAAUCACUGAUUUUGGUUCGGCUUUCUUCCUAAAUGAUCCAACUGGUGAAAAGAAUGAUCCAUUUGAUGCCAAAUACUCGCAACAACAUCGUAGUCGUAAAAAUUCAUUUGUCGGUACUGCACAAUAUGUAUCGCCAGAAAUGUUGACCAAUAAAAACAUAACUGGCAUGUGUGAUUUAUGGGCAUGGGCUUGUAUGCUAUAUCAGAUGAUUACUUCAUCGCCACCAUUUUCUGGUAGUAAUGAAUAUAGUAUAUUUCAAAAGAUACAAAAUUUAGAUUAUAAAUUUCCGGAAAAUUUUCCUGAUGAUGCAAAAGAAUUGAUUGAAUCAAUAUUGAAAAUAGAUCCUACACAACGUCUUGGUGCCGAUGAUGAUAUUAAAAGCAAUGAUGGUUAUAUAUCGAUACGAAAUCAUAGAUUUUUUCAUCCAUUAAAUAAUGAUUGGAAUCUUUUAAAUAAACAACCACCACAACAAUUAUUAGCCGUUGCACGUAAUGAUGUAUCAAUAGAAGAACUAUGCAUUGAAUUUGAGUCAAUGAAUUUGGCACCUGGUUUGAAUGAGAAACAAAUCACUCGGCUACUUUGUCUUUCAUUGCAUCAAGAAUCUGAUUCAUUUAAACCUAACAAUGCCAACAAUUGUGAUAAUAACAAAACUAAUAAUACAACGUCCAUGGUGAACAAACGUAGACACAUAUUGGAUAUAACGGCCAAAGAAUUUGAAGAACGUUUACGUAAACAAAAAGAAACAAACAAAUUUCAUCCGUUUGUUGAGAAUAAUCUUAUUAUCAAACAAGGAUUGAUUGAUAAGAAAAAAGGUUUCUUUCCAAGACGUCGUAUGUUCCUGUUAACAACUGGGCCACAUAUAUAUUAUGUUGAUCCGGCCAAUAUGGUACUGAAAGGUGAGGUACCAUUCUGUAAAGAGAUGAGAACUGAAGCGAAAAAUUUUCGUAAUUUCUAUAUACAUGUUCCAAACCGAACGUACAUUCUCGAAGAUAUAACAAAUAAUGCACCCGGUUGGUGUGAAAUAAUUGACGAAGUAAAAAAACAUGCCUUACAAGAUCAAUUAGCCUCCGCUGCUGCUGCUACUACUAUCAUUGGUGGUGAUGAAGAUGGCUUACAUGUAAAUCAACAUUAUCAUCAACAACAAUCAUCAUCAUCAUCAACAACAAAAUUACUGGAUCAACAACAACAACAACAACAACAGAAUAUGAAUAACGGUCUAAUAACAAUCAAUAAUAAUAUCAAUAACAACAACAGUAAUAUCAAUAGCAAUAGUACAAAUAGUAGUUAUAUAAAAAAAUCAAAAAAUAGUCUAUUUAAUUUGAAUAUUAAAAAAAUGACUGUCGUUACGGCCACCAAUAACAAUAAUGCCAACACCGAGAAUAGCGGAAUUGGUGGUGGUGGUGGUUGUGGUAAUUGAGAAAAUUGUCAUCGUAUAUAAUCUUUAUCAUCAUCAUCAUCAUCAUUAUCAUCGGUCAUUCUGAUGGUUAUUGUCAAUGGGAAGAAAAAAAAAUUCUAUGAAGUAAUCAAUAAAAGAAAAAGAUUCCAAUAUGCAA